AUGCACCGCCCGAGCCGCAAGCACGUCAACAAGUCCGGUCACAUCCGCUAUUCCAAGAAGAUCGGUCUCGGCUUCAAGACCCCGGCGAAGGCGCUGAACGGUAAGUACAUCGAUCGCAAGUGCCCCUUCACGAGCAACGUGGUGAUUCGCGGCCGCAUCCUGCGCGGCAUUGUGCACUCCACCAAGAUGCACCGCACCAUCAUCAUCCGCCGCAACUAUCUGCAUUUCAUCAAGAAGUAUCAGCGUUACCAGAAGCGCCACAAGUCCCUGGCCGUCCACUGCAGCCCCGCCUUCGACCCGAAGCAGGGUGAUGAGGUCGUCAUUGGCCAGUGCCGCCCGCUCAGCAAGACGAUCCGCUACAACGUCUUGGAGGUGGUGUCGAAGAGCUCUGCCGACAAGAUGGGCAAGAAGUUCGCCAAGAACUAA